AUGCUCAGGAAAAAUCUGACCAUCCAGCAUGUGGCUUGGCCUAUGUCUGUGCCCUCGUCCAUGCCUCGCAGCUCCAGUGACUGCAGCGUGGCGGCAGCCCACGGGACCCUGCGAGUGCCAGGAUGCCAUGCACCCCUACCCAGGAGGAUCGAGCGCGUGUCGAUGCCCGUGCGUGUGUGCCCGCGGUCUGAGCUUUUGGCCCUGCGCGAAGAGGUGCAGAGGAUGCGCAAGGAGGCCAUGGACGUGGCUGGGCUGAAGGCCGAGGUCGAAGUGCUCAAGACAGAGCUCCGGCACAUCCUGGACGACAACCGCCGGAUGUCCGACGAGAUAGAUGCCCGACGCCGCUCGCGAGUUGAGGCCAAAGAUCGACAACAGCAGGCCAAGGAGGACCGACGGCGGUCCCAGCUCGAUUCUGCAAGGGAUCUCUUCCAUGCGAUGCUGGCUCCAGACCAGCGUGGUCGAGAAAACGUACCGCCCAAGCCAAACGAAAGCCUUUCACGACAAGGUCGUCCAGGCUUCGUCGGUGACCAGCCUUGCGAUCCGUAUUCGUCAGCAAGUUUCCUGGCACAUGCCAGCGCCCGUUGA